AUGGACCAAGCUCUCACUGUGGCUGCACAGGGUCUGAACUGCAACAAUAGGCCAGAUGCCCCCUACUCCCGCAGCACCCCGAGGGACACGGUCGAAUCUGGGACAACAUACAUCUUUGGCAAAGGUGGAGGCCUCAUUACUUUCAAUUGGCCAGCCAAUGAGAGACCAAGCACAAGGACGGACAGGCUGACUGUUGGCUUCAGCACCUCCCUGAAAGAUGGCAUCCUGGUCAGAAUUGACAGUGCACCUGGUCUAGGGGACUACCUCAUGCUGCACAUACAACAAGGCAAAAUUGGAGUGACCUUCAACAUUGGCACAGUGGAUAUCAGUGUGCAGGAAAGCAGCACCCCAGUGAAUGAUGGGAAGUAUCACGUUGUCCGUUUCACCAGAAAUGGUGGGAAUGCUACACUGCAGGUGGAUAACUGGUCCAUUAAUGAAUACUUCCCACCAGGGAACAGCGACAUUGAACGGUAUCAAAUGGCCAAUAAGAAAAUUCCUUUCAAAUUUGUCCGACCAGUAGAAGAAUGGCUACAAGAGAAAGGGCGGAAGUUAACAAUUUUCAACACUCAAGCAACAGUCGCAAUUGGUGGUAGUGAUCGUGGCCGACCCUUUCAGGGUCAACUGUCGGGCCUUUAUUACAAUGGCCUAAAGGUGUUGAACAUGGCAGCUGAAGGCAACCCUAACAUCAAGAUUAAUGGCAGUGUAAGGUUGGUAGGCGAUGUGCCUAGUGUGGCAGGUUCAGCCAGGACCACAGCCAUGUCUCCAGAGAUGACUACUACCUUCAUUGAGACAACUACCAUGAUGUCUACUACUACCACAAGGAAACACAGAUCUUCCUCAACUAUACAGCACGCAGAAGACAUGGUGUCAUCUGCAGAGUGUUCAAGCGAUGAUGAAGAUCUGGAGGAGUGUGAAACUAGCCAAACAGGUGGGCUAGGAGAUGAGUUAGUCAUCAGAAUACUUGAGGAUCCAUUAGCGCACCCCUCUGUAGCUCCUCGUGCACCCUUCAUUCCCACUCCCUCAACCCACCACCCACUCCUUACCAUUAUUGAGACCACCAAAGAGUCCCUGUCCAAGGCCACUGAGGCGGGGGUACCUUGCUUGUCGGACCGAGGCAGCGAUGAUUGUGAUGAUGAUGGCUUGGUGAUAUCGGGGUAUGGCUCUGGGAAAGCGUUCAAGUCUAACCUGCCACCUACUGACGAUGAAGAUUUUUACUCAACCUUCUCCUUGGUAACAGAUAAGACCUUGUCCACGUCAGGCUUUCAAGGUGACUACAAAGCAAAUGCACCCAAGACUUUUAUACCUAACAAACCUUCCAUCUCCAGACGCAGUAGGACUACCACUACCACCAUAGCACUAACCGCAGACCAGAGCCGCACCACCACCACCUCUGCCUCCACCGCAGCCCUCCACAAUGCUCCGGCCAAACAGCCGGCUGGCAAAAUGAAUAACCGCGAGCUAAAACCCCAGCCCGACCUAGUGUUGCUUCCAUUGCCCACAUCCUUUGAGGUAGACAGCACCAAGCUGAGGGGCCCAUUAAUAACCUCCCCAAUGUUCCAUAAUAUACCCACAGCACUUCCCACAGAGCCAGGCGUCAGGCGAGUUCCAGGGCCCUCGGAAGUGGUCCGUGAAUCUAGCAGCACCACCGGGAUGGUCAUCGGAAUAGUGGCGGCCGCUGCCCUGUGCAUCCUCAUCCUCCUGUAUGCCAUGUAUAAGUACAGGAACAGGGAUGAAGGCUCCUACCAGGUGGACGAGAGCAGGAACUACAUAACCAACUCAGCUGUGCAGAGCAAUGGCGCUGUCAUGAAGGACAAACAGCAGAGCUUGAAAGGCAGUAACAAGAGACAGAAAAAUAAGGAUAAGGAGUAUUAUGUGUGACUGUGAGACUUUCAUGUACAUGAGAGAGCGAAGAAAGAGAGCACUAAGAGAACAUUUACUUAUCAGUUUCCUUGUAAGGAGCUAUGACAAAUGAUGGUAUAAUAUGGAACUUGAAAAUUCUUAUACUGUGCUGAGUAGUUGAACUGAUGAUAUGUACUGUAACAUAAAGCACACUUACUAUUAAGCAAAAGCUUAAUGACAAGGUUAAAUAGCAACUUUAGAGAUCUUACUCUUCUAUCUGGUCAGACAUUAUCAGUAUAGAAAUACUUCACAGCAUCAUUCUCCUAAGUGACUUUUAGAGCUAUGUGAUCCUAGGCAUUAAACAAUUUUUUGUGAAAUUGUUAAUUACAAACGGCUCAUAAUCUUAUACAUUUUCAGCAUGUAAACAACAUGUAGUGCUUAACAAGAGGGGGUCAGGCACACAAUCAUUGUAAAAGUAAAGGACUCUUAUAUCAAAAUAUUACAAAUUUUUAUGGUUUAUAAAUAAGUGCGGUGUCUUACCUAUUUUUGCUUUAAGCAAAAGAAAAACAAACAAAAAGAACAGCAAGAAAAGACAACUAUUUCUGUGUAUAAAAUGAAACCAAGUGAGAAAAUGGAAAGGGCAGCUCUCAUAGCAUCUGUUUGCCCUGGCAUCGAAUUCACCACAAUUAUUCUCAUUGUCUGACUGACACAGUGACUCGCUUUGUUGGAAGAAUUUGCCGGUUCUCUUGGUAAGAAAUGACUGAUUGUAAAAUGCAUGCCAUCCUGAUUCUGCAGUAAAGUACGGUAUAGUAGAAGUCCAGUAUACAGUGUUCAACUUGGACCAUGUUCUCUUUAAUGCAAAAACCAAUACUUCAUCAUCAGAUUGGGACUUCCCCUCUUUUUUGAACCCCUGAAAAACGUCAACUGCGGAAAAAAUCUGCUAAAGGUCUAAU